AUGGCCAUGAUCGGCCCAGAAAAGCGUGCGAUCAAGCGAUCCUUGGGGCCUCCAGACGUUUAUCCGCAAGAUCCGAAGCAGAAAGAGGUUCUGAUAAUGCAUUUUCUUGAAUAUUAUCUCAUGGAUUCAAAAUUUUGUUGCCGAGAGCCGUCAUUUAUACGAUUUCUCUUAUUUAAGGACGAACUCACUGGUGAUAAUUUGAAGCAUGGUUUCAAGUAUGCGCCGCAAAUUCCACCGCAAGAUGAAUAUGGGACGGCACGCCAUCAGACAAUUCUGCCGUCGAAAGUACGGAUAUUUCUUCACACUUCCGUCGUGAAUAUUUCGUCGUUUUUCAAUUCCGUCGUCAGCAAAAAGAAGGAUCUUAAUACCUUCAGUGACCCAGGGAGAAAUAAACGACCUCAAAUCAACACCAAAGUGGACACGUUUUCUCCGGUUACCGCCAAGUCGAAGCAGGUAUCUGAUGCCUGGUUCAAAGACUUGUCAGAAAACAAGUCACUUAGCCUGUUGGCGAAGAGGGUUCCAUCAUUCAACAAGAAAGAAGAAAUAUUCUGGAAGCUGAAUGAAUUUUCUGUUCCCCUUCAACGCGCAGCAUGGUUCAUAAAAAUGACCUCAGCUAUAUCUGAGGUUCGGAACAAAAAGCGUCAACCUCCGGAUCCAUCUCAAGUUGUCAAGAAGGGUGUAAUUUACUGGCAUUUACGGACAUCUUCCCCAGAGUGGACGUCGACAAUCUUGCGCUUCUUGCGUGACAUUUUGGUGAAGAUUCUUGAUUCCCAAGGAUUAUCCAGCGGAAUCACAGGUUCCAGCAUGUCGUCACAUCAUCACCAAGGCCAAAGUCCAGCUCCCCUCCUACAUUCCGGACCCGGAACUCCUACGUCCGGGACGAUGAGUGGUGUGAUGGGGCAGUCCAAUAUACUUGGUGGGUCUACUGUGAACAGCUUGCAAAGUUGUUUAGCUCGGCCUCAGUCUCCACCUGGAGACUUCGAAUCGUUGGUAAAGCAGUGGAAAUACUCGUGCCAACUUUUGGGUUAUCUGUAUCAGGCUGGUUUGAUGGAUCGACAAGAUAGUAUCGCCUGGUUGGUGGAUCUUGUUGAGAAAACGAGAGGCUGGGAUGAUCCAUCGCUGGAAUUUUCACUGCCGUUGGUUCUUCAGUUCAUACACGAAAUUACUCUUUCGGAGUUGAUCUCGAGAAAGUUGGCUUUUUGGGCAGCUCAACGCUUAAUGGACAUGGUGAGUGAUAAUGAGGUGUCACUUCAGAACUUCGAUUCGGAAGUUGGUGAGACGUUCGCUCCUGUCAAUGGUCAUGGUGGCGGUACCGCCGUAUCGACGAAAACAACUGAAGAAAGUGCUGCAGCCAUCCGUCUUGGAAAUUUGACGAAUUUUGCGGCAUCUUUGUCUGAUUUGUCGACUUGUUCAUAUCACCGACGUACCUUCCUGUCGCUCUGUACAACCGUGACGUUGGAGUGCCAUACUGCGAUGGUGUGGAAUUUUUUCGGGCGUACCAGAAUACCUAAUUCUCCCUUCAGCGGAUCUCCUUUGGAUUUCUUGCCCGUUCCACCAUCUUCGCUUCCUCUUCCGGCUCGACCUACCUUAGAUUCUUUACGAGAGGAAUUACGCUUCGCCGAAGACUUGAUCCGACGACGAAGUAUCACUGCCGAAAACCGCUGGGGAAAUGAUGCAGUUGAUGCGCAACGCAAAGGUGCCAUCAUCUAUCGUGUUACGAAAACUAUGGACGCGUUGGAUCGACAUUGCUUCGAUCUAAUCAACUGCCUCAACUCCUUCGACACGUUGUACGACAAUGUUUAUAGAGAUCAGGAAGCUGGAACUACUUUUCCUGAGGUAAGUUCGCCAGUGGCCAAUGCAAAUGGGUUUUUGCGCGAUGUGCAAUACCUCAUCAAAUACUGUACCACGUUUUGUCAACAGUUCGGGCUUGACGAUGGAAUAAGUUGGGACGAGUGUAUCUUGGUCGCCUUAUGUGAAUGGGCUGUAAGCGUACGGCGUUGGGGUGAACAUCGACCGCUCAUCGUAGCCAGACUAUUAGAAAGGCGCCAGCUAUGUCUUCUUUCCAAUCUGGAAGCACCGUCGGUGACUGAAGUUGGACUGGGUAAUUUGGGAAUCGAAUCCCCAAUUGCGCUUUGUGAGACGCCAGGUGCUACCCCAUCACAACAGUCACAGAAUCAGGUUCCCAUAUUUCAAGAGCUCCUCUUCCGAUUUUUGGAUCAGAAAGCUCCCGUGAUAGAUAACAACGCCACGCCGUCGAACAAAGCGGAAUUUGCGAAUCUGGUUUCUUUAUUUUACGAACUGGUCCGUUGCGAGGUGUUUUCGCACGACAUAUACAUGUGUAUGUUGAUUUCUCGGGGCGAUCUCCCGGCUGCCGCUGCUUUGGCAUCAGCCCCGAGUGGAAAUGAAAAGUUCCCCGUUGGAAAUUCCGAGUCAGGAGGAGAUACGAAGCGCGGUGGCGAAUGUGCAAAUCUGGACUUGAGUUUAGGGGUUGGACUCAACCUCGGCCUACCAAAUGCUAACGGCACUCCUGCCGACUCGAAGGUCGGACUGGCCGAUAGUCUGGGACUGGGACAGGCCGCCAAAGUUCCGUUUUCAAGUGGUCAGAAUGCCAUCGGAUCACUUGGUAAUGAAAAAGUGCCUUCGUCAUCUUUCUUUGAUGAUGGUCAUCGUGGAAGUGGAGGCAUUGCUAUGGAGUUUGAUGAUGCGAGACACGACAUCAAUCGGAUCAUCGAACGAAUGGAUAUGGAAAAUCCGGAUUCUCCAACCAGGGAGGAUACUCAUCUGAAAAGCUCCCUGUUGUCGAUGCCGCCGAGUUUGGUGGCUCCGGAUCACGGUUCUCCGGGCAGUGUUCCCCGGAGCCUGUUAAAUCACUCACAGAAACAAGAUAGGGACAUGACGCCUCGCCACUUGCUGUAUGCGACUCAUUUCCCUCUUCCACAAGAGGACAGCAACAGUAUUUUGGGUUCCCACGAAGGAAAUCAACGUGGAAUCCUAUUGUUCGGUGUUGGAAAAUCGAGAGAUGAUGCCAGGCACCAAGUGAAAAAGAUAACGAGAGAGGUUACGAAACUGUUCAGCAAGAAAUUCAGCAGUGAUGUUUCAGAAGGCGGUAAAGUGAAGAAGCUGUGGAGAUCGGAGUUUAACUGGGAUGCGUUAGUCACCCGGUUUAACUCUCUUUCGUACUUCGAUCAGUAUCAAGUUGUUUUCGCUGGAACAGUGGCAGUGAUAGAAAUGCUGUGUGGUUUUUCCAUGGGAUCUGGUGUUUAUUUGCCACUGAUAGACCACAUAGCCCAUCUCACUCAACUGAUGGAAUCGUGUCUUUAUAUUAGUGGACUACUGGAUCUUUGCAACAUGAUCCUGAAAGAGCUUCCCGCUGUCGAUGAGAAACUUUCGAAGCGGAAUUCUCCUUUGACGGCAUACUACGUUUCGCCAUUGAGUCUCCACAUCGUUGGAAUUUUGAGGCGAUAUUAUUCGAGUUUGUUGGUCUGGCCAGAAGUUGUUAUUGCAUCCUUUGAGCAUCUGGCUAAAUUGAUUCGUCACAUUCAAGAUCCAGCCGUUUGUCGAUCUUCCGAACGGUGCAUAAUUUGGCUGAUGAAUGACCUUCAGUCAUCGUGUCCUGAAUUGAGGAUGUUCCAACGAUGUAUUGAUUCAAGCGUAUGUCGGCUUUUGGACGAUGCCAGAGCGCUUUUAUCACCUUCUAUAUCUCCGAAUCAGUCGAAUUACAAGUGGAAUCCCGAUUACAUGUCGGAUGUGUUCGACAAUCCGAAGAGAAAAGUUGACCAAAAUUUACUGCAUCACAUGCGCAUGCGUGACAACGGUCAUCUCCGCUACAAUUUUGUGUGCUGCGCCGUAAUGAGGAUAUGCAAUGCGUCGGAGAACGAAGUGAUGAAUGAUAUAGCAAUUCUGAGUGCAGAAGUUACGUCGAUGUGCUUUCUCUUAUCUGCUGAAUGGCUUGGAAUUCUUAAAGCACUGUGCUGCGGGAAGCCUUCAUAUGUGGAAGUUCAAAAUGCCUUGAAUGUUUCCGAUCCAGUCAUUCAAAGUAGCUUGGCAGUCUUCACUGCCAUCCUGGUCGGGCGGCACGCAAUUAAGCUUGAAGAUUUUCUGAAGCAUGUUGCGAUUCCGAGUUUGAUGAAAACCUGGAAAGAAGGACGUAAUGGAGCGGAAAACGAUUCCGGUGCCCGCCUGACGUGCAAUCUCAUAUUGAAGCUGUUCAAGACCGUUGAAAGUCCUUUGCAGCUUCAUUUGCCUUCAAGUAUUCCUGGAGUCGGAAAUCCUCAAACUAGAAGCAUCCUUCUGACGUGCGAUCGUCAUUUACUUUCUGCUGCACACAUGAACACAGUCGUUGAAGCGAUUUUGGCCGUGACAAAGGCUUUGCUGUUGCUCGCUGAUACACAAAAACCAACUGAAUCAAAGAGCUGGCGAGAUUCAGGGAAGAGCCUAUUCUCCGUUGGCAUGUCUGGAUUGAAUGAACCGACGAUAAGUGAUAUUCUUGGUACCUCUGAUCCAAGCCCGGCCGUUUGCGACUUCGAUUCUUUAGCAGGUGGAAUUAAAAAUAAUGGCCGUGGAGGAUUUCUGGAAUCUGCAUCCUUGGCGUCGUUUGCAGCACAUGUGCUGAACGAGAUAUGCAGCCAGCUGUGGGUGCGCGAUCGAUUUCUCGCUUAUGAUCUGCUAUCCAACGAUGAUCUCCUGGACCCGACAUUGCUGACCUCAGCUCAGGCACAAAGGCUUCUUCACAUGAUCUGCCAUCCGGAGACCCCUCCUCCAACCACACCGUCUGAUCACAAGCAGGCCAUUAAUAGAGUUCUGUUGACGAUAGAUCAAUGGAAUCUGCGCUCGGCGGUUGUUGACCUCAUUAUCAUGUACAAGCAGUGUGCGCAGUCUUCACAUAAUGUAGAACUGCGGCGAUGGACGGAAACGCUCUCUUCAGCUAUAAUCGACAUUUUUCAUCAACAUCCGUUGCCAACGCGGGAUACUACGUCCAAUUCUCCAUCCGUUGAGAAGAAGCGCAGUAACCGAUCGAGUACGAAGGAGCAGAGGAAUGACGACCGUGACCUAAGGGCUGUAACUCCCCCUCUUGAUGCUAGUCAACCCCAUGCAAGGCGGAAAAGAGAAAGAAGCAAGCUCGACGUUGAUAACGUUUGGUUGAUUCCGUCGCUCGUGGACCGUUUGCCUCCACAAGUCAAACUACAAGUUCUUCGCCAAGCAGUGAAUCUGCUCGACAACAGUGAUUGGUGGAUUCGUUCGAAAGAAAAGGAGAAAGAGAAGGAAACCAGGGCUGUCAGCGGAGAACGUGAUCGCGAGAGAGAUCGUGAACGUGAGCGGGAACGAGAUCGAGAGAGGGACCGUGACAGGGAACGUGAUCGUAGUGGCAAGAUGAACCACCACGGAGCGGAUAAAUCGUCGAAUCCUGGAGCUGGAGGCGGAAGCUCUCCUACGAGCGCUUCAGCUGCUGCGUCACUUGCGUCUGCCAGUUUGCUUCAGCACAUGUUUCCUUUCAUGGCUUUAAUCAGGAUGUGUCUGAAAGGAGAUAAAGAUGAAACUCACGCGGAAAAUCUUCUGUCGUCGCUGCAUGGGGAACUGCAAUAUUUCGUUACGCUUCAGACGGACAAGGACCGAAAAUGUUUAUUCCAAUUUGACCUUAGACUUCGGCAGCAAGUUCACGAUGCUCUCUUGCUGCGAUUGAAUCUUGUCGGAUGGUUGUUUCCUACCAUACAUUCCAAUCCGCAGUUGGCAAUGGAGUUCUCGCAGUUGUUUGUGCAACUUGUUUGCAAUGGGAUUAUUGACUUCCAUAACAACAGCGACCAUCUGUACAGUGUGAUCGAUAUGCUUGCCAAUUUAAUUCAUUUGACGCUAGUCCCAGAACGUGAUCAAGUCAGAGACAGCUUCUCGCUCGCCAGCGAACAUUCUAAUCCGGAAACUAACAAGGCCUACUUGACUGUGGUGAAGCGACUUCGCAAGGAGGUUGUUGACCGAGAAUCCGAAGGUGUAGAUCUAGUGCGCCAACUUCUACCGUUGUCGAAGAGAAUGGUUGAAAUUGUCACUUGCGAACCGAUGGGUACCGUGACGGAUACAAAAGGAAACCGCAUUCAAGGCUACGACAUGGACAAGAAACAUGGUUUGCAAGUGGCGGAGAAGCAACGCGUGAGUCCGUGGGAUGUCGUCGAGGGUGGAAAGAAUCCAGGUCCUGUCGCGUGGGCUUGGUAUCGUGGCACGAAAAUGGAAAGGAAGGUGUUGCGUUAUCAGCAUACUCAUCGUUUGCUGCUGUAUCACACGCAUAGUCUACUAAAACCAUCUUCGUAUUAUUUGGAGUCCUUGCCUCUCCCUGCUGAAGAUGAAGACCUCGAACCUCCUCCAGAGAAGAUGUUCAAAACGGAGAAGAAGCCAGGAUUACCUGACAUGCAGGGUGUAAAUUACGGAGAUCGCCCACGUCCAGGAUCAAAUCCGUCAAGUGCGUCGUUGCCCAACCUGCAACACACUGGUCCGGGCAAUGGGAAUCCGCAAGGUCCUCCCGGCGGAAAACUUGCCAACACCUUGAAUCAAAAUGGUGCUAUUUCCGCGAGUAACGGUGUUGUGUCUGGUCCGCCAUCUCAAGUUAUUCCGGCUAGGAAACCACAGAAGCGGAAAAGACAACCUCGCGUGAAUGGUUCCGCAACUGUCGCUCCUCCUGUUGUACAACCACCGCCGCCAGCACCUCCGAAUGCACAACCACCGCAACAACCUCAGAUUCCCAAUCAGCAAGUUGGCUUUCAGCAGAUGUACGGUGGGGGACAACAGAACUGGCAAGGUUAUAAUCAACCAAACCAGCCGUAUUACCAGCAGAUGCCCCCGGGUGGACCGCGUUAUGAAAAGCCGACAAUGUCUCAAUCGAAGCAAGCCAUCUCAAACAUGUUACGCCAACGACAUCCGAAUGCGCAACAUCCCAACAAUCAGUAUGUUCAAGGAAAUAUGGUGCCAAACCAGCAAAACUCCAUGGUACAACCGCAAAACGCGAUGAACGUUCAAGGGACCAUGGGAGUGGCGGGUCAGCAAAAUGCAAUGGGCGUCGCCGGCCAGCAAAAUUCCAUGGGGAAUCCCCAACAAAACAUGGGCAACAUGAGUCAAAUUCGCCCAAAUGUUCCCACAACUCCCAUGGGACCCUCGAGUGGACCGAAUGCUCAGGUUCCCGCUCAACAAGCCGUGAUGCAACCUGCGCAAAAUCAGCAAACUACUAAUCAAGCUGGACAAAUGAUGAGGCCAUCUCCUGGAAAUCAAAGACCAGGAGGGAUGUUCGGAUCGCAAAUGCCUUCUCAACAAGCAAUGGGUCAAACUAAUUAUAUUGGUGGAUACCCUGCCCAAGGUGGGGCACAGCAAGGGAUGAUGGACAUGAAUUCGGGCGCUGGGCAAAUGAUACCUGGGAAUGGAGGGCCUGGGAAUUCUGGGGGAAACCCACCCGGAAACAUGUCGAGUGGACAGUUCAACGUUCCUUUGCAACAAUAUCCGACGCAAAAUCCAAAUAUGAUGCGUCCACAAGCCCCUCACGGAUUCGUGAAUCAAGGGAACCCCAAUCAAACUCCUAUGCAACCUAGAGGUCCCAUCAACCAAGUUCCGAGGCCGUAUGGUAUGCCGGGAAACACGAACAUGCCAGCAGCUCAAGGAAUGGGUCCCGGGUCCGGGGCGGCGAACUCCGCAAUGUACGGGCCUAGAGCAGGUGGCAUGCAGAAUCAGCAAAACAUGCAAUUUCAGCAGAAUCCUUCGACGAUGAUGAAUAUGCGACAAAACAUGAAUAUGGCCCCCAAUCAGAUGCAAACUCAGCAUCCCCAAGGCAUGUACAAUCAGCAAUAUUAACAUUCUCCGUCGAUAAUAGGGACAGAAAAUUUGUUUUGUACCUUUGAAUGCUUCCCGUCGGUGUUCAACGACAGUAUUUUAUAUGCAUCGGUUAAUUGACGUGGUCAGGUAGGAUUUUGAAGGGGGGUGAGCGAAUGAUUCGAAGUUAAGAAUAUGUAUGCGUCCACUCCAGCUGAUAAUAAAUCGUCGGGGUUCACUUCCGUGCAUUAUUCAUGAAAGGCCGAUUUUAACGCGGGUUGAUACGGAGUUUCGUACGUAUGUUGUUGGUACGCAGCUGAUUGCAGCAUUCCAAAUUCGUUCCCUAGUUUGAUGUUCUACCUUCGGUUUCACUUCCUGUAGAUUUUCUCGCCCACUUCUCAAAUCUGGCCGAUGUUGCGCCCCGUUAUGUUGUUGAUUUUAAUAAAUUUCCCUUUUCUGGAAUCCUUGUUAGGGACGCGAAUCUGAUCUGUGAUCGGGGUAUGUGGAUGAGGUUUGGUUCUCGGAAGUAGUUCAAGACCAGUGUUGAGGCGUGAUGACGCUUGUUAGGUUCAUAGAAUAUUUCGUGGAAUAUUUGUGUUUCUCUUGUUUUAUUUUCUACUCACCUUUCUUGCAAGUGUCUGAUGAGGGGGGACGUGGAUAAAAGAUAGAUCGCGUGGUUUUGAACAUUGGCACUCCUGGUUGCCCUAUCGAAUUGUUCCGCAUGCGUGUGCAGUAUGGAUUGUGAAGCAAAGGAGGGAUCAAGUAUCCUGGCGUGGAUUCGUAUUCGAAUUUUCAGACGAUAUUGUUUUUUUUUUUUUUUUUUGGCUACGUUUUCGGCCCGAAUUGUUCUCAAAAUCCGGGAACGAUUGGAAACAUUGUUGCCUUUGUUAGUGAAUCUCUUUCCAUAAUGCUGCCGGUGGGCAUGGGAGCUUGCAUUGUAAGCCGAGAUCUCAUGCUCUUUCCGCCUCCACACGAGGUCAAGAAAGGUCAUGUUAUCCCGCGCUAAAAGCUUGGUUAAAUGUCCGUGCUGCACAUUCAACACCAAUAUUGAAUGUUAGAAAAAUCCAUGAAUGGAGAUUCCAUCCGUUCCUGAAAGUGGCGUUUCCGACUCGAGCGGUUCUUUUUAACGAUCGCAUCGACUUGGUCAAUUUUAUGAUUUUAGAGGACUAGGAUGAAUAGCCAAAUUAAUUCGCAAAAACGCGAUUAAAGUGAUCUUUUUACGACUAAGUGACGGGAACUCGGAUCAUAAUUUACUCUCAAGGCAAUAUAUUUGGCGGAUGCUAUAUCAUUUUUCAUGUGCGCAGUGGUGGUUUUUAUACAAUUCUGCGAUCAUCUGGAAACUAGCCGGAGUCUUGGCUCCUGAAUUCAUGCUUUAACUUCCCGGAAAUGAAAGUGGAAGGUUGAUUUAUCAAUUCAGAAAGAUUUUCGACGUUGGUGUAGGAUCGUUUUUAACGAGAUUCAUUAAUCUCAAAAGCAGAUGUGUACGGUUCAAAUCAUAUUUUAUCUUCUGACGGAAAUGCAGAUUUUACAUUUGUAUAUCGAUGAUUUUUUUAUCUGAUGAUUGUCCGCAUGUUUUUGUUGUUGGCCGGUAGAGCUGGAGCUUGUAAACCAAAAUUGUGGUCCGUAUGGAAUGAAUACAAUUCUCUCCGUUUUGCA